CUCUCAUAGAUACCCUCAGACUUUCUCUUUCUAAUCACUUUCCGCACCCUAAGUUCCACCUCUACCACAUUUUCCCUCGUACUCUCACCAGACUUUUGCACCUUUCCAUCGAUUUAUGAGAACACUGGUCGCUUUUUUACAUCGUUGAAUCCACACGCCGCGUUUUAAACAACAAUCUUAUCAGCACAAACAAUGCCACCAUACGCAUUCGCAGCUUCGCCCGCUAUCAGUAUCCCUCUUAAUCAAGAUGGGCCAAUUAAUGCCAUCAUCCUGCAGCCACGCGAGCAUGCCAUAGAAGUAAAUCUCGAAAAGACCCAGCCGGCGACUUUGGAAAGGGUCAGCACUGGACUGUUCCCAGCUGACACGUCGCUGGAAAGCGGUAAUUCCAAGUCGGCUCCUCUCUACCGUCUGGACGUUAAGACUCACGUCUUUAAGAAGGAGCUCCAGGAGUAUGUACCCACGCGUAGCGAGGAGCGCCUCCGUAUCGAGACUAUCAUAUAUGUGGAGCUGUCAAUUGUCAAUCGCGCUGACAGCAUGCUGGUUAAGAACUACGACUAUAUCCGAUUUCCAAAGGACCUGUUCUGCACCUUGCCAGAUAAAGUCAUGUCACCAAACGACAUGGCCUCGAAACGUAUCCUGAACGUGGGUGUCUCGGUGCUGUGUCCCUCAAAUAUUUGGCAGGUGGAGAAGGAGGCGUGUGUACGUUGUGCACGCCGCAUGUCUACCAAGCUCGAAGAGAAUGAGAGUCGCGUGAGUUUUUAUUCAUAUGAAUAAUGGGAGAUACGAUGCUUUGCUGCU